GUUUCAACGCUCAUGCUGGUGAGGAGUACGUUAUUGACUAAAGCUUAGGUAAACUUUCAUUGGACUCAGUUUUUUUUACAAUUAUUUCAAGUCACCAUUUUGGGUGACCAGUUAUUAGUUUUCAUUUAUCAAUUAUUUUUGUGACAGUGAUUCUGCCUUGAAAACGCUCAUUUUUUACUAGAUUUACUACAUCAUUAAUGGUACACAUUGAAAGACCCAAAGUUUUGUGAUUUCAACUCUCAAUUUGGAUACUUUGUUGUUGUUGUUUUUUUCUGGUUACCUCUAAACCUGUGAUUCAUUUGAUUGUGUUGAGCUUUUCAACAUUUUAUUUCAAUCAAAUAACAAGUGCAAGUGUCUCCUUGUCUAACAUCAUCUACUCAACAAGUGAUUAUGGUUUGAUCAUGAUACUAAUUGAAGACUCUCGGUGUAACUUGUGAUUUCAAUGUGCAAACAAAAGUUACUGCAAUAGUGUAUUCCUUUGUAUAACCAAAAUACAUUUGUUUAUGUGUUUUAUGAAUGUGAAAGGUGAAAACUACAAAACUGUUAAAAGUUAAUCACAAUCAUAUUCAUCAUCGCCAUCCAUUUUUUUACUACUUUUUACCUAAAUAGUUAAAAUCAAUCUCUAAAUUUAUAAUGUUUCAUCUAAUUAUAUUGUUAUUAGCCUUUCCACUCUGGGCUACUUCAACUGAAACAUCUAUUAAAAUUGAAUGUGGUAAUUCAAUUGAUGCUGCAUUUUGGGCCCAUGAUUUCAAGCCCAGUCAUGUUUAUGUAUUCAGUGGAAGUAAAUAUUAUAUCUGGAAUACACUUAAUAAUACAAUAAUAACUGAACAUUUAACCAAUCAAACAUGGACAAAUUUACCAGCAAGUGUAGAUGCUGCCUGUUCAUUUUACCAUAAUCGAAAUUUAAUCCACAUUUUUCUCAAGGAUGACCAUUACUGGUUGUACAGGGAUUAUGUGUUAAAAGCGACCGAUUUAUUAACUAAAUUAUUCAGUGAAGCAGUUCCUCGAGAUCCUGAUUGUUUCACAUGUGAUCCAUUGCAGGAAAAUUUAAUUGGCUUCACAACAAUUGGACGUAAUUCAUUUGGUUCAAGAGCUUGUACAGCAUCAUUUGAUGGUGUAAAAUUCCAGGAAAGAGAGUGUUCAUUUAAAACUGAAGGAACCGAUGAUAAUUUUAAGGUUGCCUACAAAAAAGCUGGUUACUGUAGAGCUUUAGCAACCAAUUUCACCCCAGAAGGCCGGGAUUACAUCUAUUUUGGCAGUGAAAAGAUAGCCAUUGGAAAGAAAACGGAUGUACGGAUUGAUUCACUGGAAGCUUUGGUCGAUUGUAAAAACAUUUUAUCCGCAAUAUCGGAUCCUACAGUAAUGGUGGCAAUUGCUUUAUUCACUCUUUGUCUAAUCCUUAUAUGCAUAGUCUGCAUAGCCUGUAUUUGUAAACAUUGUGGUAAAAAAUAUGAAGAAGACUCUGAAGGAGAUUUCACCGAAAAACCUGCUGCAGCUCCAUCAAUAACAGCAGCUGAUGUUAACGAAACAUGAUAAUCGGAAUCGUAAUAAUUGGAAACAAUAAUUGUCAUUUUAAAAACACCAACCAUUGUCAUCCAUUGAUCCAUCAAUUAACUUUGAAUCAAUCAAGUUCCAACUCAUGACUAUCAUCACCAUCCUCACCAUUGUUUUUUUUGUUGAACAACAAAUCUUCCAUCAUCUUCAUCACCAUCAUCUCAAUCAACUUCUCAUAGCUAUAAUUAUUUCACCCGAAAUCAUGGAUUCUCAUAACAAAAUUCAUUCCACCUUCCACCAUUGCCAUUGCUACUUUGUAUUUCAUUAGGAUCAUCAUCAUCAUCAUCAUCAUUACCAUCACCAUCAUUGCCUUGUUCAUUACUAUUCAUUACUGUCAUACUUUUUUAAUAUGAACAUUGUUAUGAACAUUGGUAUAAAACUCUCUCAACCAAUGGGCAUUGUGAUUUACGGAUAAAUUAAAGCACCAUGACACACUUGAUAAUCACACCUGUUUCCUGUUUAUACCAAGAGAAACAAUUACCUAUGCAAAUGAACAAAAUCAACAAAA